AUGGAAGCUGCCAGUCAUAUAGUUGUUGUUCAUGCUUCGACAAAUGACCGCAAUCGGCUCAUUCAAGCUAAAUCUCGUGGUGCUCACAUUGUUCGUGCCGAAUGGAUAACAGCUUGUUGUGCGAAAAAGGAUCAAGUGGCCAUCGAAGAAUUUCUGUGGGAUCCUGAUGACAUCAUUUGUCGUACUGCUUCUUUUGUUUCCGCCCAAGCAUUGGAUGAUACGCCUAGGCGAUCCAAUGCUGAAAUGUCUCGACCGAGUGGCUCCACCACAGCGACAAAAGAGGCUUUGAAAUUCCGUGUCAGUGGCUUAGGUGGUGAUGUUGAAGCACAAACUAUCAAAGAAUUAAAAGCUGCAGGAGGCAGAGUGGUGUCGCCAUCUGAUGAACAGACCCUGGUCAACUAUCUUGUCUGCAAUCAAGUUGAGUAUGAGCAUGUUUAUCCGAAAGAUAGCUACGAGGAAGCAGUGACGGUCUUCUGGGUUAAACGAUGUCUGAUGGAAUACCGACUACUGAAGCCGUCCAGUCAUCCGCUGUUUCGUCCAUUGCCAGCAGUUAAAGAUAGCAAAGUGUUCUCGGAUAUUGUCGCUGUCAUCAGUUGCUUCAACGAUUAUGAGAAAUCCACCUUGGCUCAGCUCAUUAGAGAAUUCGGUGGCCAAGUUCAAGAAACAUUGACUAAAAGGAAUCAAGCUGAUCAGCGGGCCGUUACUCAUGUGAUUGGAGGCGCUGAAGGAGAACGUGUAACUGAAGCACGGCGACAGAAGUUCAAGGUGGUCGAUCCGUCAUGGGUAAUUGAAUCGAUAAUAAACGACAAGAUAAUGAAGGAGGAUCUGUUUCCUCUCAAGGGAGAGGCUUAUGCUUCGUACAAAGGAAGAGCCGACGAUCUGUGGCCAGAUGCCUCCAAAUCGGGAAGGAACAGCCGCCUCCGUGAUAGCACUCUAGGGAAAUCCUCAGAACAAGAAGCCCCAGAGACGAUUUGUUCCGAUUUGGAUUGGAACGUUCAAAGCGUCUACGCCGAUAUCUGCUGUACCAUCGCGUUUACGUCCGCUGAAGUUAAACGAUAA